GAAAUAUUGACGCCCACACUAAAUUUAUGCCUCCGAGUUGUUGUUUUUGUUUCGUCUCUUAACUUAAGAAAGAGUAAAGAGCUUCCAAAGAAGCAAUCGUAAACCGUAUUGAAUCAGGACAUCAACAGGUGCGGCGCCGGAAAAUGGGAGACGUUAAGGAUUGGCGGCCUUUUGUUUACGGAGGAGUUGCCUCAAUCACGGCGGAAUUUGGCACCUUUCCUAUCGACACUACGAAGACGCGCCUCCAAAUCCAAGGUCAGAAAAUCGACCAAACGUUCUCCCAGUUGCGAUAUCGCGGCAUGGCCGAUGCCUUUGUAAAAAUCUCCCGCGAGGAGGGACUGAGGGCCCUGUAUUCCGGUAUUUGGCCAGCGGUAUUGAGGCAGGCGACCUAUGGCACCAUUAAAUUCGGCACCUACUAUACGCUUAAGAAGCUGGCCACCGAACGUGGUUUGCUGACAAACGAGGAUGGCAGUGAAAGAGUGUGGAGCAACAUUCUCUGUGCGGCGGCGGCAGGAGCUAUCUCCUCGGCGAUCGCCAAUCCCACGGACGUACUGAAGGUCCGAAUGCAGGUGCACGGGAAGGGUCAGCACAAGGGACUGAUUGGCUGCUUUGGGGAGAUAUACAAAUACGAAGGAGUACGUGGUCUCUGGCGAGGAGUGGGCCCAACGGCCCAGCGGGCCGUCGUAAUCGCCUCCGUGGAGCUGCCUGUCUAUGAUUUCUGUAAGCUGCAGCUAAUGAACGCCUUCGGAGAUCACGUGGCCAAUCAUUGUAUCUCGAGCUUUAUUGCCAGCUUGGGUAGUGCCAUUGCCUCAACCCCCAUAGAUGUCAUACGGACCCGCCUAAUGAACCAGCGACAUGUGAGCAUAUCAUUAAAUGGAGUUGUCACGGCGGCAGCCACACCAAAGCUUUACAGCGGGAGUCUUGACUGCGCUGUGCAAACGAUCAGGAACGAAGGACUUCUAGCCCUGUACAAAGGAUUCAUACCCACCUGGGUGAGGAUGGGUCCGUGGAAUAUAAUAUUUUUCAUUACGUACGAACAACUCAAGAAAUACUAGCAUAGGCGAGUGGAAUGUGCAGGGAAUCCAAGUACAAGUCGUAUUCUAGCAUUCAAACCAAAAAGAUCAGAUCUGCUGCCAGACCUGGCGUAACUUUAGGAUCAUAGUUAAAGAACAGAGGGGUCACUAAAGUGCCUGUAACACACUGGCUAUUCUAUAGCCUCCAACCUGAUCCAGUCUCAUCUUGCCUUGGGCAAGAGUGAAAACGAUUUGUCGCAUUUAAAAUGUUGGCGUAUUUAAGUAUUUGCAUUUUUGGGAAAUUUUUCAACGAAGAAUAUUAGCUGUUGCCAUGGUUUGGUCGUUGCACUCUAUUUAGCUAAAUUAAGCUUUUAAAUUAAUUACUCUCUUAGUGGAAACUUUGCAUGAUUUGAAUUUGUAUUAAAAGCGCAUUUUGUUUUCUUCGAAAUGUAGACAUAAUUUUCGAUCGUAUUAAAUAUGCAUCAUUGUAAAUAUAUGCAUUUAGUAAUAUUUAUCUUACUAAUAAUGUUACUAAUACAGAAUGUACAUGUAUACAAAUUUACUCAAUAAACUGUUUGUUGGAAAUCUCAA